AACCCGACUAAAAAAUCCGUCUUCCUUUCAUAGCUCCACAUCAGUUAUGCAAAUUUGACGAAAUGGUCGUCGCUCCGACACAUUUUUCACGUUAACUUUGCCGAAAAACCAUCCACCUGAAGCCAAAUCCUCCCCGAAAUAUGCAUUUAGUGAAUUUCGUGCACCAAAGUUGUGGAAAUUGUGCAGUGAAGUGAACCAUCCGCCGUCAUCUUGUUUGUUUACUCUGCGAAGAGUGAAAAUCGGAAAAUAUGGAUAGAUAAUACACAAUCCGGUAUUUCAAAAGCACGGAAUGAAGAUGGGAUGAAGAAAUUCUAAAUUUAACACCAUGAAAAUUGCCUUAUUAACGAAAUUUCUUGUUGUGUUGCUGUUGUGAGUCCAUAACCAAAAACCUCAAUAAUGAGUAAAAGCAUUUUUGGAUAUAGUAACAUAUUGAAGUGUUUUGUUUUAAUUAUAACGUUAAUUCCAUUUAGUGUUGUUACGAAUACAUUGAACGAUGUAUGGAUUAGAAGUAUUACGAAAGAAUUAAGCGACGAUUUAGCGGUGAUUAAGAACGAAGAGUUGGGGAUUGGCUAUGUUAAGAAAUUGUACACAACGUUCAAGUACACGUCCACGGUAAUCGAUGCUAACAAAACUGUGAACGAAAUUGCGCACAAAUUGGAAGAGAAAAUAGACGACAUAUUUUCAGCGCUGGUACGCGCUAAAGUGGCUAUCGAGAACAUGCAAACUUUGGAUAAUACCACGAAAACGAGCUCCGUCGUCUUGCCUUGUCUACAAAAUAGAAAUAAUGAUACAACACAGAAAAAUUCUAAAGUUUGUGAUAGUUCAGAUGAGCAUGAGAAAGACCACUUGAAACUGGAUUAUAUUUUGCAUAAGUUGAAGUCAAAAAUGAUGGUUAUGAAGAGUGGUAUCAAGCAACAAUAUUUUAUUUCGUCUUCCGACUUGGACUCAAAUUUGUAUUCGCCGUUUGUGGACUGUGGAAAAAUUGACCACAUGCUGUUGUGGAAUAAUUACAUGGCACGGAAUAAUUAUGUUCCUAAAAAUGUAGUGCUGCUCCUGGAUCACGGAGGGUCUCUCAGUAGGAGACACUUUGCCAUUGUUACCACCAUUGCGAAACGAAUUAUCGAAAGUCUGACUGAACAAGACAAAAUUGCCGUUCUUGCCAUAUCGAACGACUGGAUAUCUCCUCAAUUAAACGAAGAAUGUCUAAUGCCAAACCAAGUUCCUCCAGUAGUUAGUGAUGUUCCGAAGUUUACCUCAGUCGAUCCUUCCAAAAAGAAACUCUUGUACAAAUUUAUCGACGGAAUGUACAAAGGACGUGGUGCCACAAACCACUCGUUAGGCCUUCAGAAAGCUUUAAGUGUUAUAGAGAAAAGCCAAAUACAAAAUGAAACUGUGAUGAUUUUAUACGUUAGUCGCGGAUUGUUGUCUUCUUUGACCGAAGCUAAAGUCGUGUUGGAGGCGAUUCAAGAGGCUUCCGAGAAUAUCACGUGCCAGUUCGUCAUUAACACGUGCGCGGUGAUCGAUGAUAGUAGACCGACGAUCUACGAGACGCAAUUUUUGGAAGACAUAGCGUUGCAAAAUUACAACAAAUAUAAUAUUUCGUUUUCCGGGAGUGCUGUAAGUGGGGCGAUGAUCGCUGUUAAUUCGUCGGACGCCGUAGAGUUUGCCCUUAACCGAUUUUACGCUGUAUUUAACGCAAAUUUUUCGUUUGAUUUAGAAAAGAAAAUGUCGCUGCUUUUGUGGGAUAAAAAUUCUAAAGAUUUAACCGUUUCGUUUUCAAUUGGUUGCUUAAGUGAUAACCAGUUUGGAGUGUUGGGGGUUGACAUAUACUUUGCCAGUUUAGUCGAAAAUCUUAUUUAUUUUAGUAGUAAACAAAAAAACUACUAUGCAUUUUUAACAGACAUGGAAGGACGCGUGAUCGUGCACCCAAAAUUCGCGUCUCUGAGCACUGUGAAACAGCGGCUUCAGUUCUUAGACAUAUCAUACUUUGAAAAAGUACCUCUUUUUCACAUGGUGAAGAACCGGCUUUUGACUGAGCCAGAAGGGGUUCAAAUGACGAAACAAUUUGGUUUGCCUAUAAAAUGGUCGUGGAAGAGGGUGGGGAAGUGGUACGUGGUUUGUUUAGUAACACGUGAUGCUCCGUUAGCCGUGAGACCGUACGCGGUUAAAUGGCCCCUUAACUCUUCGGAUUCCUACAGUAUUAAACUCGUUUACCAAAGCCUGCAGCAUUCGGAAAAUUCGAAACUGUGCCGGCACUUGAAUCAAGUGGCGACUUUAGAUGCCGGCUCCCUGUACCUCAGCGCAGCCUGCUUCCAAUCCCCCGCCUCCCUCCAAGACAUGAACAACACCACCUCCCUCCAAAUUUUCAUGGCAUACCUCCAAGACAACACCCGCCUACUAAAAAACCCGGGCUUGAAAGAAGAAAUCAAAGACGAAGUGGCCGCCCUCGCCAACAUCUUAAACUUCCUGCGAACCCAACACUUGCUAAAAUCGAAGUACAUAGUCCGUCGGUACGUAACUUCCUACAACGGCGUACUCCAGAUGUUCCCCGGCACCAUUCUCAACCAAGGCCUGGACCCCACCGUCAGACCCUGGUUCGGCCAAGCCGUCGAACACAAAUCACAACUGGUGAUGACCCCGCCCUACUUAGACGAAGGCGGCGCCGGCUACAUAGUCACCGUAGCAUACGCAACCUCGAACGUAGUGGUAGCGUUGGACGUAACGUACGGGUACAUUUUUAGACUGCUCUUAAAACGAAUGCCGUUUUGUUUGUCCACGAACAUCACGUGUUUUUUGAUGGACGACAGAGGGUACUUGAUCUACCACCCGAACUUGAUCGACCCGAACGGGCACGGGCCGGUCGAGAAACAGCACAUAGUCCAUAAAGAGUCGCUGCUUGCUAACGAUAUCUUAAGCCGGAAGUUGUUUAUUGAGAAAGUGUUGUGUAAUAGUUAUGGGGGUGGUACCGUCCAGAGGUACUACAAGCUAAAUACUAGUUACAGCGACGUGUUGGUUAGCUCCAUACAGAGCGAGCAGUGUGUUAGUUACCAUAUAGCUGCAUUACGUAACAGUAACGUGUUCAUCGGGAUAGUUAACGCCACGUGUAACGUCGUAGUUACGUUCUGUCCGUGUAGUAUAGUCGAUCGGUUAUGUCUGAAUUGUAACCGCAUGGAGCAAAAGGAGUGUGAAUGUCCGUGUGAAUGUCCGUUGGAACAGAGUCGCUGUACGGAUUUCGAUAACAGUAACAACCCGACUUGCAAUUGGUUUCCGGAGCACGUUUCUUCGACGGCGCGUUUUCACGAAGAUGCGACUAACGAUAUGAAAUCGUGUUUUCCGACGACUUGUAACGAGGAAAAAAGCCACUAUCGGUGUCUUGGUAUGACGGGGUGUGAAUGGUGUCGGUUUGACGUUGAUGGGACACCUUUGGAUAACCCGUUUUGUGGUUACAUGACUACUUGUUUUAACGGAAUGGUCGGAUCGGUUACCCCGUAUCGUAAUUUACACGAUUUAGAAAAUCCAGAAGAGUCCUACAAUGUGCCUAUUAGUGUUAUUACUUUGUUCGUUUUCGGGACUCUUCUCUUCGUGUGUAUGUUCUACAUAUAUCAUAGAUCAUCCUCGGCACAAACCACCGAAAGGUUGUAUCUUUCGUCCACUCAAGAUAACCACUUAAGAAUGAGCGAUCUCAACUUGAGCGAUAAUUUCCACGUGCUGGGUAACCACAGGGAUAAGUUACUACAGGAUGACAAACCCAACCCGAUUUCACCCUAUUGUGUGUCCAGUAAUUACAAAAGGACGACUCUGGCGGCUGAUUCUGAUCAUGGUUAUUCGACUAUGACGCAGCACGACGAAUCCGAGCAUAUGUCACUAGCGCCGGUUGAGCUAGACUCCCUGGAGGACGACUUAGGCUCAGAUAGCAUAUCCAUCCAUACGAGCGUGUCCGGAAAACCCCGAGGACCCGAAUCCACCCAGUUCACUUGCCUCCCCAGAAACAAAUGCAUCGUUGUACCAGUGACAGUCCACAGAAACAUGGAAACGACGUAACGUUUACUUAAUUACGUAGUUUUAAAAUUGUAUAUUGUGUCCAUAUUUAAACUUAGUGACAGUUCAGUCUCGCUUGUUAUUAUCGCGCAGAUUUGCAUUUAUAUUAUGUAUUAUUUCGACUUAACUGUAAAUUUGUGUAUUUGUAAAUUUAUUUAUUGUUUUAGAUAAUUCGAUUUUUUAGCCGCUCGAUACAGAUGGUGGAUUGCAUUUAUUGACGCAACUACGAAUUUCUUGAACUUGAUUUUUCUAUUCGCAGUUGCAAGACUGAUUUGUAAAUCGUUGUCAAAAAUUGACUAAAACUGCCAUUUUUGAUAGAUUCUACUGUCUUAAAUUGUACUUAAGAGUUGAGCUUUUUUUACAUGGCAGCACGUGUUUUUAUUGUAAGUUGAAAAUUAUUUUUUUAUUAGCUAGGUUUUAGGUCUUUAUGGUGCAAUACUACCGAAAACUAGCGAACUUAUGCAUACAUAAAAAUGUACCUGUUUAAUAGUGUUGUGUACUUUUUUUAGAAAAUAAAAUAUUGAUCUUU